UGUGGUGGCAGACGUGACCGGUUAUAAUUGAGAGAGGUGGGCCAGACGUCAUUGAAUCUUAGUUGUCUGCUAUCAGAAAAGUAGGUUGAUGAUCGAGGAUAAGAUCAGAGAAUCAAGAACCCCAUUCCACAACUUACUCACUCUCCCACUUCCACAGAGAUCAAGAGCAUAUGGCAGGAUUGGCAGCUGCUGCGGCCGUCCCCAGUGGUAUCGUUCUUAAAGUUUUAACCGCAAAUAACUAUGAAGAUUGGAGUUUUCGGGUCAAAACUUAUUUGCUGGCCAAGGGUCUUUGGAAGGUGGUCGAAUCCGCCAAGGAACCUCCUAGGGUAGAAGGUGGUGAUGAGGCCGAGUUUGAGGCUUGGAAUGAGAAGAAUGCAGAGGCUUUGCAUGCUAUUCAUAUUUCUUGCGGGGAAGAUAUCUUUCCUUUUAUCCGGGGCAUCGACACCGCUAAAGCUGCCUGGAAUACUUUGGAAAAGAAAUUGAAGCCCGCUGGAUCUAGACUACCAAAAAGAGAAGAUUGUUCGAGCAUGGCUGCCCCAGUUGUCCCGAGUUUGAUUGUCAAUGAACUUCUUAAUAAGCACAACUACGAAGAUUGGAAUGUUCGCGUCAGAACCUAUUUAGUAGCUAAAGGUCUCUGGAGUGUUGUAGAAGAUGCCACUGAUCCUCCUCUCAAAGGCAAAUAUAAACGUGAGGCUUGGGAAAAGACCAACGCCGAGGCUCUGCAUGCAAUUCAUCUUUGUUGCGGGAAUGAUGCCUUUAAUGUUAUCAGGGACGAAGAGAGAGCCCACGAAGCCUGGAUUGCUUUAAGAAAAUUUCGUUACUCAGGCGAUACUACUGAUACUGAGUCAACGAAAGAAUUGGAGGAGAAAGAAGAUGUUGAGACAGAAAAUGAAGUUGAAAAAGAAGUUGAGAAAGAAGCAACUGAUAAAGGCGAUCAUCAAAGUGAUCAUGAUGAUCAACCAAAGGAAGUACUAGAAGAAGCUGAUGAACUAGAAGAAGUGGAUGAAGGAGAAGGAGAUGGAGAUGAGAACAGUGGCAACGACAACACUGACAACGAUGCAGUUGAUUAUGAAGAUUUGUUUCGUGCUGCGAAACAUUCUAAGUGGGAUUUAGUGAUGGACUUAAUUAAAAAACAUCCCAAGGCAGUACAAGAAACCGCUCCAACAGACGAAGAGAAGACAGUUCUUCAUUAUGCAGUCGAAGAUAUGAGAGUGGAUAUCGUACAACAGUUGAUGCCGCUUAUCAAAGACGAAGAUGACUUGGACAGAUGGGACAGUGAAUGUUAUUCAGCUCUUGAAUAUUGUUAUAUGUUGCCUGAUAAAGAUGAAAUGGUUGAAAUAGCUAAAUGCUUGGUUCAAAAGAAGAGAGAGCUAAGUGCAAGUAGUUUCGAUGAUCCGUUUUUACUUGUCGAAGCUUUCACGAAAGGCAGACCUAAACUGGCUGACUAUCUCUUCAACGUCACUGAAUUCGAAACUGACGAUCCUCACGCCGCUCAACUUAUUUCCCUCAGUUUUAGCACCAAAAGAUUUGAUAUCGCGUGCAAAUUGAUUCAGCAAAACCCAAGGUUGGCCAUUGCUGAAGACUUCUCUGGAAAUUCCCCGUUGAACGAAUUGGCAUGUACACCUUCUGCAUUCUUAAGUGGAAGCCGGCUCAAAUUUUGGGAAAAAUGGAUUUAUCAUGGUUAG